CUCCCCCGUGUUCACGAACGCUCCUCGCGUCAAAUUCCGUCCUUCGCUUCACAGAGCUAAGCUCUGCGCCGUUGUUCGACUGAAAAUGACGAUUCGCUUCUCAAGAAUCGCUGCAGACUAUCGCUGAUAUGCAGUGGCUUGCUCUGCCUAGAGACGGCGCUCCCAUCGACUUUCUCAAGUGAAGGUGAAGCAUUGUGCAAACGAACGUUCCAGAAUACGGGUGUAGUAUUGCAGAAUUUGUGCAAGCGCUAACUCACGAUGAAAGCCCGCAUACAAGACGGAGUUGUGUACUCUCCUUUUCCCAGCACGGAUAUUCCUUCUUGUUCAGCCUACACGGUCAUCGAGGAAGCUCUAUCCAGAAAUCCGGAACGGGUGGCAUUUGGGAGCUGCGUGGCCAGAUCGUCGACAGUGACAGCACACAUGUUCUUACAGACGUUGAACUGGCCGAAAAAGUGACGAAAGCAAUUUUGUCUCUUGAUCUCAAGGGUCAGUUAGCAAUGGGUCCUGUGUCUGGUUUCGUGGAUGCCGCAUCAUUCAAGCACCUGGACCAGUCCGCCUUCAGAGAGUGCCCUGUCGGAGAUCCGCGAGAAGCCGUCUUCGUUGUUGUGUUCACGUCGGGAACCAUGGGACUUCCGAAGGGCGUCGAGCUCACUCACCAUAGCUUCGUUGCCAACUUCUGCAUAUCGAAGCCUUGUAUGUCAUCAGAUGAAACGGAUACUCUGCUCGCUUCAGCUCCUAUCGGCCACCUGUCUUGACUGCUGCUCGGAUUGAUGGCUGUCCUCGAUGAAUCGGUCUGCGUCCUUGCGCAGCCAGGCCUCAGCCUUCAAGAAAUCACUGAACUUGCUGAUGAACAUAAUAUUACGUCUAUGUUCUCAUUUCCGACGCGACUUCAGACUUUAGCAGAAGAGAUGCUCCGUGACGGAAAGCAGAUCAGGAGCAUUCGUCGCAUCGGCGUGGCCGGUGGUGUACUUUCACAAACAACGUAUGAUGCGGCCUUCAAGGCAUUCGAGAAUCUCGACAGCUUGGUCAUCAUGUACACUAUGACGGAGAGCGGUGGCAUCGUCUGUUCAACUUCUCUGCACGAGGCGGUAGGAAUUGGCAUGGGAUUUCCAGGGGCCAUGGUUGAAAUCAAGGUAGUGGACCCUGUGAGUAGAGUCAAGCUGGGUCCAAAUGAGCCAGGCGAAAUCUGCUUCCGUAUACCGACAGUGAUGCGUGGCUAUUACAAGCGACCAAAAGAGACAGCGGAAUUCUUUGAAGGAAAUGGCUGGUGCCGAUCAGGUGACAUUGGUUAUUACGACGAGGAUGGGCGUUCCUAUUUCGUCCAGAGGCUGAAAGAGAUGAUAAAAUGCAUGGACAACCAAGUUGUUCCUGCUGAGCUUGAGCAAUUGCUGCUUCAGGAGCACUCCGAAGACAUUGCCGAAGUGACAGUGGUGGGGCUACCGCACCCUUUAUACGGAGAAGCACCAGCGGCUGUGGUAGUGCCCCGGGACCAGUACGUGUGUCGCAAGGCCGCGGGGCUCUUGGCGGAUCAGAUUAAGGCUACCAUUUCAGGAAAACUGGCUAUCCACAAGCACCUUUACGGAGGCGUCUUUCUGUUCGACUCCUUGCCGAAGACAGAAACGGCAAAAGUAAACCGAACAGCAAUAGUGGAACAGUGUGCUCAUAAAGUAAGUUUGUAAUAAAUAAAGAAGUUGCAGUCGUUCAAGCAAA